AUGGGCGUGGAGUGGAAGGACCGUCGCGGGCGCCUCGCGUACGUCUUCGCGCCGCACCCCUUCCAGAAGGGAUUCGUCUGCGUGAACCUCGCGCUGCUGGAGUACGGGUUGGCGUACGUGUGUGUGCUGCGGGACAGGCCGCCGGGAAACAUCAACGCGCUGCUGGCGGCGCAGACGGCGGGACGUACGGCAAAGCGGCACAUGUGGGCGAACGUUGACGAGGAGGCCGCUGUCUGUGUGAGCGCAGCUGGGGCCCUGUUUCACCGUGCCGGUGGGCCGUGUGUUUCGGCUGCGAUGGAAGAGACUGCGCUGCGGGCUGCGGUUGAUGCGCUCUACACGCCGUGCCCCACAUGCAAGCCGCUUGAGGCGCUGCGGAAGAAGGCGGCAAAGGAAUGA